UUUUAUUUUAUUACGUAGUUUUUAACCUUUUUACACCAUGGUUCCAUCAGUUCCCGCCUUUAUCUUUGGCAAAACUCCAAAUUUUUUGUCCCCAUCGCCCGUAUAAACAAUGCCAAAUUCCAAGCCAAAACUCUCCAAAAGCACCCCUGUUUUGGGUGUUACGACGAACAAAUCUGGAAAUGAGAAGAAGUCACAAGUAGAGAUAGCUGGCGAUAAGCGACUCUCGGGUGACUAUAAGGCUAAACGUAGGAAGUCCUCCAACGCCAAGCACAGGCUGCGUAUCGUUGAAAACGUGGAAAAGGGAAAUAAAAAGCAACGAUACCCCUACUUGAUAUACGAGGAAGAAGUAAACCAGACCCCUAAGUCUCUUCAGGACCCCGAGUAUCCGGCCAUGGAAGACCACAUACUUUCCGGCCCCGCAGCAUCCAAACGUCGUAAAACUACCAGAGAAUACUCCAGUAUCGAGUCUCCGUCCAUCAGUUCCCUGGCAUCACGAUGUUCUGUCGGUGUAGCGAGUCGGCAAAGCGUCGUAAGUGUUAAUAAAUUCCAAAGUUUAGACAGUUUGCCUUCUGUAAUGAAUUUCUCAUCACUGGUUGACUACGAUCACGAAUACGAGUUCAGAUUCUCUGAUGUUCCUUCGAUGUUUAGACUGAGAGAAGACCCACCGGAGAAAAAGGCGAAAAUAGUAAAUGAAUUCUUAAUCAGUCUCAGUGAGACAGGCACGAUGUUCCAGUUAACAAUUCCGUCUUGUGCUGUCAAAUUGGAGUCAGACUGUGGCAUGGAAACGGUCAGGAUGAAUGAUCAGUACGAGAGUAAAUUAAACGCCCACCGAGCUGUCUCUCACUCCGCGACUCAGACUUCACCCGUGUGCUUAAAACACCUGGAUCUCUUCGUGCCUCGGGUCCGUAGAAAUAACGCCUCAGCUUUUGCGUCGGUCUGGGAUAUCUAUGAUACUUACAAAUUUGACGGAAGAAUGUCCGUAAUGUCGACAUUUUCAAGGGAGGAAGGUGAAGUGGACUAUAUCGUAGAGGCCCGGCAAGACGAUACUUACAAGAGAAGGUUCGAAUAUCUAAACCAAACGUUCGAUUGCGAUUUUUUAAAUUCGUUGAUGAUCAUGGAGAGGAUGGUUGGGAAGAACGCGUUUGGUGAAAAACAGUGCGACUUCCAAGGUUUACUCGUGGAAGAUCCUCUCUCCUUGGACGCUAAAUGCAACUACAGCCUCGUGCACUUGUGGACGUUCCGGCUCAGGCCACCCGUCAAGAAUACUAGAGUGACGUCCUUGUGUUGGUCUACACAAAACCACAACGUUUUGGCGGUCGGCUAUGGCAAGUUCAAGUACUCUGACAACUGCGAGGGAUUGGUGUGUAUAUGGAAUGUAAAGAAUACGAAGGACCCUGAGAGACUUUACCACUUCAAAGACCCCGUCACUUGCGUCUCGUUCAGUCCGAACAGGCCUCAAAUUCUGGCCGUGAGCUUCUACAACGGUCUCGUGCUUCUGAUGGACAUCAUUAGCCGCACGCUGAUGGUGAAGGCCUCUAACAGUCACUACCCCCUGUACUAUCCUGUGUGGAGGGUCUUGUGGUAUCCUCACGAUCCCUUGGAGUCCGGGCAGACUUUGAUAACUUGCAGUGAAAACGGGAGGCUUUUCAAGUACAAGAAAACAAAGUUCUUCACAAGCAAGAAGAUAAUGACGGUGAGCCGACCCCACGAAGGGCCUCCGGUUCAAGGGGUGUACCGUCCAAGGAAGUGCUUCUCGAGGAAGACCACCUGCAGGUUGAAUCCCUCGGCGGAGGUCCUGGUGUUACACCCGGAAGACCCUUUAGUGUACCUCGUGGGCACUUCCGAGGGUUGCGUGUACGUGUGUUCUGUGAACCACCGGUACGACUACGUCGACGUGUUCGUGGCGCACAGUGGACCGGUCUACAACAUCCAGUUCAACCCGUUCUGCAGCAAAGUGUUCCUCACUUGUGGAGCAGACUUCUGCGUCCGCAUCUGGGCCGAGGGCAUCUUCGACCCUCUGAUGAAACUGGAGAGCGGGUUGUCUCCGGUCCAAGACGCACUCUGGAACCCUCUCCACUCCACGGUGAUCGUCAGCAUCACGGGGGCCCACAUCGAGAUCUGGGACAUCCGCAGGAGAAUCUCCAAGCCGAAGUCUUCGACAGUGUCGCCCUCUAAGUCCUUCAAUACGGUGAUCCAGUUCAGCGCCAACAAGUACAAUCUGUGCGUGGGCGAUUCUGACGGGAACGUGCACGUCAUGGCGCUGACGGAGAUGCCCUUCAGUCCCAUGUUCCAGGAGGAGGUGCUCGCCCAGUCCAUCCAGAACGCGCUUAUCUCGCACCCCGACAUGCUGAAGCGCUUGUGGACCCUCGGUCCUCCAUUCGUCAAGUCUGUCAAGACCUACAAAGACCGGCUGCACAACACAUUCUCAAAUAUGUUCAGAGAUGUUUGAUGUUUCCCUUGGAAAUGUUAAAACGCCUCCAUUAAAAAAAGUAAAAAUCUCAAAAAUAUUACCAUUUU